UGAACAUUUCUUUAAACAUUAUGAAGGCAGCCACUGUUGCCAUCAUUCUACUCGCUGCCGCCAUCUUAAUUCAACAGACGACAUCCGCUCGAGCUAAGGGAAAAGCAAGAUAUGUUGUCGGGAAACCAGGGGCCCAUUACGUGGGGAAUAUGCGUAAACAAGACAGGUGGGCGCACAAGAGGACUCCAAAAGGACCAGAGACAGUGGGCAACAACUCUCCAGUGAAGCCUGCACCACAUCUUCAAGGAACUGAGACUGAGAGCAACGAUAUUCUUCCUUUGCCAGCUCCUGGACAGCAGCUUGGCGAAACUGAGACUACAGCGAGCGCACUUCGGCUGAAUGGAAUACCAGAUGCGGGGGCUGCAGGUAUGCCGGGAAUGAUGAAUGGAAUGGGUUAUCCAGGAAUGAUGGGCGGAAUGGGUGGAUACGGUGGAAUAAUGGACCCAAUGGCCAUGGGGAUGGGUAUGGGCAUGGGUCCGGGAAUGGGGAUGGGCAUGGGUAGGGGUAUGAGAAAUGGCAUGGGUAACAACAUGGUGACACCACUGGUUGCAGGCCAACUAGGUCAAGCUAUUGGAAGGGCAGCGGCCGGCAUAGCGAGGGCGGUUAUGAUGGGAAAGCGCAAUAGUGCUGCGGCCGCAGCUGCAAGUAGUUAUCCUUGGGCAAGUGGACACUACGGUGGAGGUGCCGGAGCGCAUGGAAGUGCUUUUGGAGGUGGUGGUGGCAUGGAACCGCUCAAUCUAACUCAGCCCGCAGCAUAUGGCGUGGAAAAUUCUACAGAAGUGAAGAGUUCUGAAGGCGGAAAAAAUCUUGAAGAUGAAUUAAAAGGUAAACCAUAGCGGUACGAGAAAGGCAUAAUACUACAACAAGCCAAAUUUUAGGACUAUCAGAGAUUUCAGACGAAGGAUUCACGGGACUCCUGGACACGUUUAUUUUCCAUGUUUAUGAGAUCAUAACGCAUGCACACGCUUUCGAGGCUCGCUCUGAAG